AUGGCUAUUUACCAACACUGGAUUGUGCAACAGCAAAAAGAACUGAGCUACGAAGGAGCUGGAAGCGAAGAGGAAUGCCGUUCAGAAUUGCGAAUUCGGUACGAACGUAUUUACAUUCCGGAAAGCAGACAUAAAUCCAUCGUCUGCUUCUGGCGGAUUCUCCAGCGGGGGCGAUGGCCCCGAGCGCCGGGCCCGCUCCGCCGCCCCCCGCCCGGGCACGGGCACUGCCGCCUCAUGCUGCCAACAUGGCUGCCCGAGCCGGGCCGAGCCGAGCCGAGCCGAGCCGAGCCGGGCCGGGCCCAGCGCGCCGGGAGCCCUCUGCCGCACUCCGCACCGCCUCCCGGGCCAGCGCCCGCCGCCCCCGCCCCAUCCGGCCGCAAAGGGGACAAGGGCGGCGGAACGCGGCACAGCGGGCGGCAUCCCGCCGACGGGAAAGCCGGGGAGCGGCCCGCGGAGCCCCUCAGCGCAGAGCCCUCAGCGCGGCCCCCUCAGCGGAGCCCUCAGCGCGGCCCCCUCAGCGCGGCGCCCUCAGCGCGGCCCUCACAGCGCGGCCCUCACAGCGCGGCCCGCUCACCUGGCGCGGGGUGUCCGCGGGACCCGGGCGGUGCGGCGUCAGCAGCCGGCGGGGCAGCGCAGCGACAAAAACCCGGCCAUCCCCAUCGCCGCCUCCACCGAGGCCUGGAGACCCCCCCGCUGCCGGGAACGGAGCGGGAAGGGCGAGGGAGGGAACGGAGGGAGGGGAGAAGGGGAGGGAGGAGAGCGAGGCCGGCCGGGAGGAACGGGCGCCGCGCUCGCCCCAGCGCCGCUCCCGCACUGCCGGAGCGCGGGGGGAGCGCCCGCCCCGCGGGGGGAGCGCCCCGCUCCGCCAAUCGCCGCGCGCCGCCCCGCCCCCUCGGCACAGUCCGCCAAUGGCGCUCCGCGGAGCCCGCGUGCGCCCGCCUCCGCCCUGUCAAUCACGGCCGGCCGCGCCGCCAGCGCCGCCUGGCGGUGCCCGGCCGCAGCGGCACCGCCCUCCGAACGGAGCCCUCCGCCGCGCAGCGGGGGCGCGGGGAGGCGGCCCCUCGCCAGCUCCAGCCAAUCAGAACCCGCGAUGCAAAUCACGUCUGCGCCCUCGGAGCCUAUCGGGAGCGGGGCCGCAGCACCGCCCGCCGCGCUGUGUCCGUGCGCGCCCCGAGCCGUGAGGGGCGGCGGGUCCCGAGCGCGGAGGUGCGGGAGAACGGGAUAAAACCGGCCGGGACAGCGCGGGAGAACGGGAUAAAACCGGCCGGGACAGCGCGGGAGAACGGGAUAAAACCGGCCGGGACAGCGCGGGAGAACGGGAUAAAAGCGGCUGUGGGGACGCGCUCUCUGAGGCAGCGAAUUCCCCAGCUCCAGACUCCUGAGGUUCGCUGGGAUUUGGAUCCCAAACUCGGCCUGAGGGGUUGGUAAUCCUUCCUCCCUCCCUUCAGAACGUUUCUUGAGCAGCCCGAGUAAUUUUUUUAGACCUCAUGAUGUAUUUUGAGGCAAAUGAUUAAAUUUAGUCCACGAUGCUGUAUUAA